AUGAAUUUAGAUUCCUGCUUCCGCCCACAAGGAAGAGCUAAGAUUAAACAGCCCGCUCUUGAACCUAAUCAGGGUGCAGUUGGCCGAGGGAGGCCUCCGGGGACGCGCUCCCUCCGUCCACCGGCCGAGGAGGCGGUAAUCAGCCUUCCUUCCCGGGGGCCCUCACGCCCGGCUAAAAAUAGGCGCCUCGGUCACCCCAGGGCCCUCUCCGGCCGACCUCGCCCUCGGGAGACGUCCUCGGACGAGACGCCGCGGCGGAACCGGGAUCGGGCCCGCGGCGGCCCGGCGAGGCCGAGAGGCCGAGAGGCCGCUCGGAGCCCGCCCGCCUCGGUGGCCCGGCCCAAGCAGGAGCCCGGCGGCGGCGACCCGGCGCCCGAGGCCUACCCGGCGGGGGCGGCGGCGGGCGGUGUCCCAGCCCCACGGCCGCGCCCCCCCCCCACACCGCCCGACGCGGCCCUCCAGUCUGCCUGCGACCCCGCGGCCGGCGCAACCCUCCCCUCUCCGCGGUCCCCGCGGCCGGAGCCCGGGCCCGGCGCAGCCCGCUCUCCCUUACCCUGCGCGGCCGAGGAAGGCUACCGGAAAGACGCGGCGGCACCGGCAGUACAGCCCGGGCCGCCCGCUCCGAGUGGCCGCCGCCGCCGCAGUAUCUCAGGUGCCGUCGCGCCUCCCGGCAGGAAACGGGCGGUUUCGGGGCGGGGCGGCCCCGGCACGUCCCGGCGUCUGGGCCGGCGGUGCCCGGAGACCGGCCCCUUAAAGGGACAGGCGUCGCCGCCUCGGCCCCCGCGCGCUCUCCCGCGCGCUCGGGUAAGUCCCAGCGUCUGGCGGGCUCGGGAUUCCGGGGCUUUCCUCCCGAGAUAA